GGAGCCCCGAGAGCCGAAACUUGCAUCAUAUUCGUCACGUAAGCGUUUGGCGUCUGGCGCCUGGAUGUGGUAUAAAAACAAAACAGUGAGCCGGAAUAAGACAUUAGUUACCUUCGCACCGAUCAACUAACCAACUCAGCCUCAGAAUGAUGAAGUUCAUGUGCAUCUGCCUCUGCGCCAUCGCCGCUGUUUCGGCCAACUCCUACGGACGUUCCCGUGGUGGAUACGGCGGUGGAUACGGUGGCGCCCCAGUGGGUGGCUAUGCCUACCAGGUGCAGCCCGCCCUGACCGUCAAGGCCAUCGUUCCCUCGUACGGCGGUGGAUACGGUGGAUACGGUGGACAGCAGGGAGGCUAUGGCGGUGCCUACCAGGCGGCUCCUUUGGCCCCGGUCUACAGCGGUGCUGAGGCUGGACAUUCCUACUCCGGCUCCGGCUACGGUGGUGCUCCGCCAGUCGACGCCCAGGCCAUUGCCCUGGCCAAGCUCGCCCUGGCCGCGCCCAGCGCCGGCGGUCCUCUGCUCUGGAAGGAGGCUCCCCGCUACGCCCAGCCCGUCUACCCACCCGUCAGCUACGGACCCCAGCAGUACGGACACAGCGAGAAGGUCAAGGGCGGUUCCGCAGCGGCUGCUGCCAGCUCCGUGGCCGCCGGCCAGAAGGGCUACAAGAAGCCCAGCUACUAAGCGGCAACCAUGAACAGUGAAUCAGAAACUACCUAUCGAUAAGGAACUAGGCCAUAAUAAAAACUGAAACCAUCGAGACUUAAA